AUGGUGAACAAAAUGGAGAUGUCUUUGGACGAUAUCAUCCGAUAUUCGAAGAAACCGGGCUCGGGCGGCAAGUAUUACAGGAGCCUCAAGCCCCAAUAUGCCAGACGGCCGGGUAAGAGAGAUCCGUCGUUUUCCUUUCCGUACAAGUCACGUCAGGGAAAAGUCACAAAGGCGCCCUACUCAAACGUGCAAAAUUUCGACAAGAAAUACCAGAUUCCCGGAUGGAAAACCGCCUCAUUAAACGUGGCUCCGGUUGGGGGUGAGGCUAAAAUAUCCAUUUCCAACCUUCACCACGCCGUCAGCGAUUUGGAUAUGAAGGAGUUGUUCACCGAGUUCGGGGACUUGAAGAGUUGGGCCGUGCACUACGAUCAGUUCGGUAAGUCCCUUGGAACGGCGGAGGUUAUUUUUUACAACAAGGAUGAAGCUACCAAGGCCAUGAAACAUUACAACGGAGUACCACUGGACGGACGUCCGAUGAAAAUUGAAAUGAUUUCCGUGGACGUGUCCAAAAGAGACGGUAAACCCAAAGUUCAGGAAAAUUCCAACAGCGAGUGGAGAAAUUUGCCACCGGAACCCUGGAGGGGCCAACGUAGAAUUGGGGGUAGAAAGCGAAUUUCCGUGGAGGAUUUGGAUGCCGAAAUGGAUGCUUAUAAUAACCUCAGGAAGAGUAAAUUAACAUAA